AUGGCUGUAACUCUUCAAACAAAGUACCCUAUAAGUCCCAUCACCAACAACAUCCCAAGAACUCACCGUCCGUCACUUCUCCGUCUACGCGUCACGUGCUCGGUUACUACCACCACCAAGUCUCAGCCUAACCGUGAGAAGCUUGUGGUUGUGAUCAAUCCUACUCUGUCCAAUGACCCAACUCUGCAAUCUACAUGGACCCACCGCUUAUGGGUUUCAGCAGGCUGCACCACCGUGUUUGCCUCUUUUGCCAAAUCUAUCAUUGGAGGGUUUGGUUCUCAUCUUUGGUUCGAGCCAGCUUUAGCCGGUUUUGCCGGAUACAUCUUAGCAGAUCUAGGCUCUGGUGUCUACCACUGGGCCGUCGAUAACUACGGUGAAGAGUCAAUGCCUCUAGUUGGAACCCAAAUCAAAGAUUCUCAAGAUCACCACAAGUGGCCUUGGACAAUCACUAGACGGCAAUUUGCAAACAAUCUACACUUUCUUGCUCGAGGCAUAACCUUGGCAGUUCUCCCACUAGACCUUGCGUUUAGUGACCAUGUAGUUCAUGGCUUUGUGAGCACGUUUGCAUUUUGCGUUUUGUUUUGCCCGCAGUUUCAUGCUUGGGCUCAUGGAACCAAGAGCAAGCUUCCACCUCUCGUGGUGGCCUUGCAGGACGUUGGGCUGCUCGUGUCACGGACACAGCACGUGAAUCAUCACCGAUUAAUGUAUAACACCAAUUACUGCGUAGUGAGUGGGGCGUGGAACAAGGUUUUGGAUGAAAGUAAGUUCUUUGAGGCAUUAGAGAUGAUGGUGUAUUUUAAGCUCGGGGUGAGACCGAGGUCAUGGAGCGACCCAAACUCCCAAUGGAUAGAAGAAACCAACAUCUCCAACAACAACCAAACAUAAAUCAAUAAUUGCAAAUUGAAA